UAAAUAGAAUGGCGGCAUGGAAAAGAAGUUGAGCAUUGAUUGAUGAGCGUUUAAGAGAAGAGCGGCGGGAAGCCUUCGGUUCCCCAAAAAUGUAGGCAGAAUCGUUCGAUCGAGCGGAAGACGAUGUGGAUCAUCAAGAUAGGUAAUGCGCAACCGCGUGUGGUGUUUAAAUGCAAGCGUUAUCCAUUCUAGCUGCAGAACAAGCUUUGAUUCGAUCCAAGAGAAAAGAUUCGAUGUGAGAAAAAUCUUUUCUCGCAAGUUUGGGAUAUCGAUAUCGAAGCUUUCGGCAAACGGUUUGCCUUUUUCAGUUGUCAACAUGGAUAGCGCUGAGAACAAGGAGUUGCAACCAGGAUGCUGCUUCCCUAUGCCGAGGAAAGGUAGCGUCAAGGUCGUUUCGGAUAAGAAGCUUAGACGGAGCUCGAGUAGCUCUAGCACUAGCAGCAGUGGUUGGUCAAGACGAUCAUUUUCUUUUGGAAGGAAAAUUGAGAAGAAAGAAACAUUAGUUGUUUGCUUUGGCGAGUUACUGAUUGAUUUCGUGCCGACUGUUUCUGGAGUUUCCCUUGCCGAUGCACCGGGAUUCAAGAAAGCUCCCGGCGGGGCUCCCGCAAAUGUUGCAGUAGCAAUCGCCAGAUUGGGAGGCAAGGCAGCUUUUAUUGGCAAGGUUGGGGAAGAUGAGUUUGGUUAUAUGUUGUCUGACAUUCUCAAACAAAACAAGGUGGACAACUCUGGGAUGCGAUUUGACACCCACGCCAGAACUGCAUUGGCCUUCGUCACUUUAAGAGAUGACGGGGAGCGCGAGUUCAUGUUCUUCCGUCAUCCAAGUGCUGAUAUGCUUCUUACCGAACAAGAACUUGACAAAGAUCUCAUUAGAAAGGCACGCAUCUUCCACUAUGGAUCGAUCAGCUUAAUCGAUGAGCCCUGCAGAUCCACGCAUCUUGCAGCCAUGGAAGUUGCUAGAAAGGCCGGAUGCAUUCUGUCGUACGAUCCAAACCUCAGGCUCCCUCUCUGGCCUUCGGCAGAAGCUGCCCGCGAAGGUAUUAUGAGCAUAUGGAACCAAGCCGAUGUUAUCAAGAUCAGCGAAGACGAAAUAACCUUCUUGACUGAUGGCGCCGAUGCUUACGAUGACAACGUCGUUCUAGAGAAGCUCUACCACCCGAACCUCAAGCUUUUGGUCGUAACUAAAGGAGGAGAUGGCUGCAGAUACUACACUAAGGCUUUCCAUGGAAGAGUUCGCGGAGUUAAAGUGUCGGCAGUCGACACCACAGGCGCUGGCGACGCAUUUGUCGGCGGGUUGCUCAACAGCUUGGCUGCAAAUCCUGAUUUAUACAAGGACGAGAAGAAGCUGCGCGAAGUCCUGUUCUUCGCCAAUGGCUGCGGCGGACUGACAGUGACGGAACGGGGAGCCAUCCCGGCUCUCCCCACACAAGAAGCCGUCGCCAGCUUCUUGGAAGGCCAUGCCCCUUGACAGCGUUGUCGACGCAAUCGCCCCAAUUUUUCCACAUUCUUGUUACAUAUCCAGAGUCUGGAAAUGCAGACAACAACAAACAACAGCUGUGGACAAUCAUGGAGAUCUUCACAUCAUGGCUGUAAAUUUCUCUUACAUUCCUUUGAUUAGAAAGAGAUGAUAUGUAUCUUGAUUUGUGUAUGUUGUUCAAUUUGUGUGCGUGCGUGCGUGCAGGCGUGAUUUUUCUUUUUAA